UAUGGGGAGAUCAUGGCCAAGGUUUUUCCCGAGGGGAUCGUCUCCGAUGGGAUCCGUAUCGCCAUCGGCCCCGCGGCCUACGCCCUGGCCGGCGCGGCGGCCUACUCGGGCGCGGUGACCCACACGCUGUCGACGGCGCUGCUGGUGUUCGAGCUGACCGGGCAGAUGUCCCACGUCCUGCCCGUGCUCAUCGCGGUGCUGGUGGCCAACGGACUGAGCCAGCGGCUCCAGGCCUCCUUCUUUGACGGCAUCAUCAUCGCCAAGCAGCUGCCCUACCUCCCCAAGCUGGGCGUGGGGCAGAGCGGGGCCCACGACAUCUACGCGGAGGAUUUCAUGGUCACGGACCUCAAAUACCUCCCCCAGGGCUGCAGGUUCAAGGACAUACGGGGUCUGCUGAAGGCUUCCAGCCUCAAACAGUUCCCCCUGGUGGACUCCCAAGAGUGCCGGAUCUUGCUGGGCUCUAUCCGGAGGAAGCAUCUGGCCAAGCUGCUGUCUGAGCAGCUGAGCACGGAGAAGCGAUUCCAGUAUCUGCUCAGCCAGUCCGAGCUGCUGGGGGCAGACGGAGCUCCGGGGACCCCAGAGGAGAAGCCAGAAGCGCCGAAGGUUUCUACUGAGCCGGGCGACUGGGAGACAUCCAAGGAGGAGGAGCGAGGCACCCAGCUGUCUGUCAAGAUGAAGGACGUCUGUCACUUGGUGGAGGACUGGGAGUGCCAGCAGCUGCAGGAGCCAGUCCGGCUGGAGGAGCUGCCCAUCGACCCGGCCCCCUACCGCCUGCUGGAGAAGGAGACCCUCUACCAGUGCUAUGACCUUUUCAACUUGCUGGGCCUCCGGACCGCCUAUGUCACCAAUGUGGGCCGGCUGGUCGGGGUGGUGAGCCUCCGAGAGCUCAAAGCCGCGGUGGAGGGGUCGGUCAAGGGCACCUUCGUCAGGGGGCGGCCCCACAACGGGGGGCAACGUGAGGGGGACCCGGACCCCAAUGGAGCCUCGGCCUAGCAGGGAUCGGAGCAUCCGGCCUCCCCCCAAACCCGGAUCGUGAGGGGGGGCAGGGGAGAGAAAGCCCCCCCCAGCGCCCCGUCUUUUCUCCUUCGCCCCCCCCGCGUCCCACCUCCAAUACCCCCCCAGUAACCCCUAAAUUAUUAACCCCCUGUUUUCUGGAGCUGCCCCCCCGAACCCUCCCAAUCACCCAG